UCAUUUGGUUGCGAUCGUUCCGUCCAUCGGGUUUGGCAUCUGAACGUGUGUCUCUGUUUUUUUUUUCUGAUUUUCUUCAACCAAGUGAGGGUGGAGUUGCUACCAUGAAGUUGUUCUUGGUGCUAUCGAUGGCAUUGGCCAUUGCCUGUGGAGCGGCCAUCGAGAAGUCACAGAAGGAAGAGUCAGUGGAAGCUAAGCCGGAACUGGCCAAGGACUCCAAGGCUGAAGGAAGCGAAAAUAAAGUGCAAAGCAAACGGGGACUUUGGGACUUUGGAUAUGGUUCUGAGGGGGUGGAAUUGCAGGGAGGAUUCAAGCCUUCGUUUGGUUAUGAUGUUAGUGCUGGUAAAAGUGACUACAGUACAUAUGAAGUGACGGAAAAUCAGGAGCACGUGUACACCAAGCAUGUUCACGUGCCAGUCCCAGUUGAAGUUGAAAAGCAUGUGUUCAUCGAGAAGAAGGUUCCAGUGCAUAUUGAUCGCCCAGUGCCAUAUCCGGUGCAUAUCGAGAAAAAAGUUCCCUACAUAGUGGAAAAGGAAGUUCAUGUUAAGGUAGAUCGUCCAGUGCCCUACCCUGUCAAAGUGCCAUAUCCAGUUGAAGUCGAGAAGAAAGUCCCCGUUUACAUCGAAAAGCAAGUGCACGUAGACCGGCCAGUUCCGUAUCCAGUCCACGUUGAGAAGAAAGUUCCAGUAUACGUUGAGAAGAAGGUCCCAGUUUAUGUCGAGAAGGAAGUGAAAGUUCCAGUGGAAGUUAAAGUGCCUGUAGUUCACAAGGUGGAAGUUCCCGUUCCCAAGCCAUAUCCGGUCCACGUUCCGAAGCCAUACCCGGUGUACAUCGAGAAGGAAGUGAUCAAGCACGUUGAUCGGCCUGUUCACAUCGAAGUUGAGAAAGAGGUCCCCUAUCCAGUGAUUCACAAGGUCGAAGUCCCCAAACCCUAUCCAGUUGUAGUUGAAAAGCCUGUCUACAUCGAGAAACAGCCAGAACACCAUCAUCAUGAAGAGCAGGAACAUCAGCAUCUUGCCCAUCAUUCGGAAGCUCUGACCCAGGAGCAGCAUUACAUCGAAGAACCGAUCCACGUGAUCGACGAGCGUCACGGAAGUGCUGGACAGGAAGAAUACCACCAGCACCAGCAUCAGGAUCAACCGUACGCCGAAUCCAACCAGAAGGAAGUGAAGAGCUCUGAACCGUCGAAGCCAACGGAGGACAAACCUGUACAUCAAGAGCAGCACCAUCACAUUCCUAAUCAUCAUGCGGCCAACAGCAAUAAUGAUCAGUAGUGAUGAAAAAAUAUGGUGUUACCAAUAA